UCGCUAAACGUAAUCCCAUCUGCGCGUGCUGAUUGGACGUUACAGAUUGAAAGUUCUCCCGCCGCUUCUUCAAAGUGGCGUUUGAACUAGAACAUUUAGUACUAUUUAUUUUGUGCCCGACAUUGCAGUGAUCAAAACAGCUUUGUGCGGUUGUCACAGGGCACAUGACUACGAUGCGACCUGCACGAGGGAAAACUCCAAAGAGGAAGCCAGCUCCAAAAAACAAUGCAGUAAGCAAAGAUCCCGUGGAAGUGUACUGUAGGCUACGACCGUUAUACGACCAAAAUGAAGUUCCAGUAAUAAAGAGGCUGAACAGCAAAGUUGUCCAGUUUGAGCCUCUGGACACUGCACAAUCAAAAGGACCAGCAAAGCAGUAUCAGUACACGUUCAAGCAUGUGUUUGAUGCAAAUGCAUCCCAACAAGAAAUAUUCCAGGAAGUCGCACUACCAUUGGUUGAUGACCUUAUUCAUGGAAGACCAGGGUUGCUUUUUACGUAUGGCAUCACAUCAUCUGGGAAGACGUACACGAUGACAGGCAGCCCACAGGAUGGCGGGAUUUUGCCACGAAGCCUCGAUGUUGUUUUCAACUCUAUUGGAAGUUUUCAAGCACACAAAUAUGUGUUCAAGCCAGAUAAGCUGAAUGGAUUUGACACCCAGACGUGGGCUGAAGCGGUGUUGGAACAUCAGCGAGAAUCACUUGCCCAAGCAUCUAAAACUCCAAGAAUCAAGAGGAAAGAUGACGGCGUCACCGACUGGACAACGCGCACAUCUGACACUACAAAAAUUGAAGAUGUUGACCCUGACAUGGCAUACGCGGUAUUUGUGUCGUACAUCGAGAUUUACAACAACUAUGUCUACGACUUGUUGGAUGACAAUCCAAUUGACCCCAUCAAAAAGCAGCUGCAGUCGAGAAUGCUCCGCGAGGACUCCAAGCGUUGCAUGUACGCCUUUGGUGUCACCGAGGUGGAAGCAAAGAGCGCAGAUGAAGCAUUUGAUGUCUGGUGCCGCGGCCAGAAAAGGAAACGUAUCGCGCACACCACACUGAAUGCAGAAUCAAGCCGAAGUCACAGCAUCUUCAACAUUCGCCUAGUCCAAUCGCCCUUGGAUGCUGAUGGCUCGGAGAUCAUGCUGGACAAGAACUUUGUGACUAUCAGUCAACUUUCCCUCGUUGAUCUUGCGGGCAGUGAAAGGUCUGUAAGGACAGGCAGUACAGGGAAUAGGAUCAGGGAAGCAGGAAAUAUCAACAACUCACUCAUGUGCCUUCGGACAUGCAUCGAGAUUCUCAGAGAAAACCAGGUGUCCCCGGAUUCAAACAAGAUGGUACCAUAUCGUGAUGCAAAGCUAACCCACCUGUUCAAGAACUUCUUUGAAGGAGAAGGGAAGGUGAAGAUGGUAGUCUGCGUGAACCCACGAGCCGAUGACUACGACGAGACAUUCCACGUGAUGAAGUUUGCGGAGAUGGCUCAGGAAGUCCUGAUACCACGAGCAGCUCCCGUCACGCCUGUGCCAGUCCUCGGUCUUCGUUCGUGCCGACGGAGAAAGGAGCCGUUGCCUCGUGCUGACAGAUUUGGUGGGAGCUUGAAGGAUCUCUCCUCGCAGCCCUUAUUUGCCCCCGUACAAGAACCUGUUUUGCCGAACUAUGUGUUGACAAUGGCUAGUGAUGAGGACAUGCUACCGAGGAUGGUGGACUACCUUAACCAGCAAGUUGCACUGAAACAGGCUCGAGACAAGGCACUAGAACAGAAAAGAGAGGACCUGCGGAAGGCUAUAGUGCAACUUGAGGAAGAACGCAAUGUGCUCAAGGAGCAACAAAGAGCUGUGCGAAUGGACCUGAAAGCACGGGAACAGCAAGUCAUCCUUCUGGAAAAGAAGCUGUCCAAUUCAGAUUCUGCAGUCCAGGGUCUCACUUUGGAGUUGGAGGCUGUGCAAAGAGAAAAGAGGGCCCUCGAGCAACAGCUGCGAGAGAAGGAGAUGCUUCUCAAUAAGGGGGCAAUGGAGAAGGAGCAUAUGCGAACUGAAAUGGAAGACUGCAUUGCCCUGGAAAGGAACAAAAUGAGGAGGCUUAUGGACCACUUGCUCGCUGAUAAACAAGCCGAAUUGGAGUCUAAGGUCUGUGUAACACAAGAAAAGUUCCGCCUGCUGAGAGAGAUCCUGAAUACGGCAGACUGGGACCUACUCAGUGGUGGUGACAACAAUGGAAGAGAUGGCCCGACGAAGCCUACGGAGGGUCGCAGAACAAGGUCUCAGUCCAAGGCUUCACCAGGUUCAUCUGAAGUGACACUGUCAACAGCAGUUUCGGAACCGAAGAUCUACGCCUCUGAAAAUACCAAGGGCAUACCAGUUUGCAAUCCACGUCACAGGCGAUCAAAGUCCAGUGGAGGGGAACUGUGGGUAGACCAUAGGCCUCCUGGGAAUGUGGAAUUAGGAACAGUCAUGCAGCCAGUGAUGAAGAAGCGCAAGUCUGUUGGCAAGCUGGAUGUAAAGGAUGUCACCAAGAGGGCCUCAAAGUAUGUUUUGACGCACCAAGAACAAGACGCUUCGGGAGAUAUUGAGACGCAGCUUUACAAGGGAGAUGUUAUCCCAUCAAUUGGUGGAGGAGCACAGGUCAUCUUCAAUGAUGUCGAAACAGUCAGACAGGCAACUCCGAUAUCGACACGACUCAGGAAGAGGAGCAGCGGAGGGCAGGCUCUUUCAAGUGAAGACGUUGAGGCGAAAUGUUCCGUAUCUAUUGAAGGCCAUCCCUACCCUUCGCUUAUCAAACGUUCCAAGGUUUGAAUGGGAAGACAGCUUCUGUUGCAUAUUCUCCUGGGUCAUUGUGUGUUUUUAAUCCUCGCAGAGCUUUCAUAAUUUUAAUAAAUAUUUUAAACAUGAA